AACGUUUUGACCCAUCCUCAAUGCCUCGUCGAGAUGAAUACACAGUCAUAGGCUCCGGCUCAGAUGAUUCAUUUGACGACGAUGAAGGUCCGCCGCGCAAGGGAAAGGGCAAGGACAAGGCUGGUAAACGCAAAAAGGACAAGGGGAAAGGCAAAGCAACAGACUCAGCAUAUGCAUGGGAAGCGUCGUAUACGCGUUCUUGGGAUACUGUUCAAGAGGAUGAAACUGGGAGUCUACAGUCAGCAGUCGAGGGGUGGAUGGCACGCGGCCGAAGACGUAGGCUAUUGGCACCCACGGCUGUUCGUCGAACUAUAAUUCGCCAUUUGAUUUUGGUGCUCGAUCUUUCCUCUGCUAUGCUGGAUCGCGACAUGCGCCCGACACGAUUCGACCUUAUGUUGCAAUAUGCGCGAGAGUUCAUCGUCGAGUGGUUUGAUCAGAAUCCCCUGGGUCAAAUCGGCAUCAUUGGAAUGAGGUCUGGUGUGGGUGAGCGCUUUGGAGAACUCUCUGGCAAUCCUCAGGACGUCUUGAAAUCCAUCGCUGAUCGGCAUAGACUGGAGCCUGCUGGAGAACCGAGUCUCCAAAACGCAGUUGAGCUUGCCAAGAGCAGUAUGAGUCACCUACCCACUCAUUCUUCGCGCGAAAUCAUCAUUCUCUUCGGGUCUUUGACCACCUGCGAUCCCGGGAACAUACACGACACUCUAGAUGACUGCGUCACUAACAAAAUCCGGAUAUCUGUGGUCGCUUUAGCGGCUGAAAUGAAGAUCUGUAGAGAAAUGUGUGAUAAAACCACUGGCCAGUUCGGUGUUGCGCUCAAUGAAGGGCAUUUCAAAGACCUUCUCUUUGAACUCAUCCCCCCACCUACACAACAUGCCGCUGUAAAGAAUGCCGCUAACGGGGCACCUGCCGCUGGCGCCAAUCCUGCCGCGGACCUCAUGAUGAUGGGUUUCCCUACCCGACUACCAGACUCGUCUCCACCAAGCCUUUGUGUUUGCCAUUCGGAAAUGCGAAGUGAAGGUUUCAUAUGCCCGCGGUGCCUCGCCAAAGUGUGCGACGUUCCAACGGACUGCGACAUCUGUGACUUGAUGAUCGUGAGCUCACCGCACCUGGCUCGGAGCUACCACCACUUGUUCCCUGUCAAACCAUAUGUUGUAGUAAUGAAUUUGGUUGAUGCAUCGCACUGUAAGCAAUGCACUGGCUGCGCUCGACCGUUCCCCACGGUGGCACAAACUAUGGCAUUGGAUGCAUUGAGUCCUAUAGGAAGAUAUCGUUGUCCUGAGUGCCAAGGAGAUUUCUGCUCGGACUGUGACGUAUUUGUACACGACGUGGUUCACUGUUGUCCGGGCUGUGGGAAAUAAAUAAAUGUGUCGUGGUCUAUUUGGCUGGCACGUGCACGUGUCUUGAUCCUCUAAUAGUCGCGGCUUUAUCGCUUUCGGUCCCCUACAAUGGCGCCAAAGAAAACCCCUACUGCGACCAGCAACAGCAGCAAAAAGAUCACGGAUUGGUUUUCGCGCGUGUCCGGACCUCAGGCAUCCUCCAUUCCUAUCAGCUCCCUCGCGCAGAUCAAACAGCCGCGGAUUCCACCUUGUGCCGGCCAGGAGGCCAUCCCCGUGUCGUCCUUCUCCUACCUGAAAGAAUCCAGUGGAACUCGCCCUGUCAUCAUUGUCUCUGACCCAUCACCGACACCCGCGACGCGCGCGACCGCUGCAGCCGUAGAUUCCGUCCCCCCAGCGUCUAAGCGUGCCGCGGCGGCGAAGCCCAUGUCCAAGGCCUCGAGUUCCACGUCUGUGAAGAUGCCCCUCAAGCGAGUCACCAGAACAGACUCUGACUCAGAGCUCGACGAAGGCUCGGGCACUAUCCGUAUCCCGCACUCUCGGGCACGAGUGCAACUACCUUCGACCUCCGUUGCAUCCGACAAAGAAAACAUCAAGCAAAGGACGUCGUCUACACGCAAGAAACCGCGUAUCUCGUCCCCGGAUCCCGUGCCCCUCCUUCCCCCACUCCUGCAGGCCCUCGUGAGGUCCGGGUCCCCAGCAGCCAAUCUGAGGAAGAGGAGCUGGUUCGUCAGCCCAUCGCAUGUGAACCGGACGCCAUCAUGGAGGACGUGGACCGAUGGCGGAAAGAUACAGUGGUGGAGUCUGACCCAGCCGUGCUUGAUGACUGUGAAAUGACCAUUCCCGAGCCGCCAGAGGCUAUUCCAAUGGAAUGCGAGGAUCAGUCCACGACGCGAGAAUGCACACCGGAACCGCGCGUAUCUCAGCCGACUAUGCUGACGACACCACAAAGAAUACGCCCACAUCCCUCACUACCCAAUACGCCGGUGGCGUACACCGCAGAAUCAAAGGCUGCAAAAAUGAUCGCGGAAAUCCGCGCGCGAGCCCAGGCUGCUGUGGCUGCGGCUUCCAGUCCGGAGAGCUCACCUCAAAUGGAGCUUCGUGAGCUUGAUGAUAGUGACGAGGAGGACUUUCUAGAAAUGCCUAAAGCUAGAGCUGAUCCAUUCAUCGUUACCAAAGUCGAGUCCCCCCCACGACGUGAACUCCGUGAGCGAAAACAAGUCAAGAUAGAGCGUUUAUCCCCUUCUCCUCUUCCGGCCAAGCGGCGUAAGGAGCUUCCGUUUGCGUCCAUCAUCCGGGAGCAUAAACUAGGAGAGAAGAAAGGCACUGGAAUGGCGGCUGUCCGUCGUGCCGAGGCUGCUAUGCGUGAAAGCACCCCCUUGUCGGUUGACGACUGGGACGAAAUCGAGGAUGAUUCGCCCAGUUCCUGCAAUAGCAGCGACGGCGUGCUAUUGAACAACGUAGACCAAGUCAGACUCUUUGGAGAGGAGGCUGGCAAGGCAAUCGGCGGCAUUCUCGAUCGGGAGCGCGCCAAUCGCCAAGAGGCCCGGGAGAAACGUAAGAUCUCUGGCGUUCCACUAUGGGACCUCGCGCAGGUGCCAAUCGAUACAAAUUUUUUGGUUCCCACCUUCCCGGAGUAUGCCCGAAAGCAUCCAGUUCUGGACAUGCUGAGGUCCAGUAUUAAUCGAGGCAAUUACAGCAGAGCAGCGCUGUUAUUGAACUGCGAUAUUCUCUCGACACUGGACUUGGAAGACUCGACAAUGGAAUAUCUGUUUGAAUUGGCCAUGGCCCCACGGGUCACACCGCUGACUAAGCCAGCCCUCAACGCCAUGCUGCACGUUUGUCGGACUCGUGCCGUGCCACUGAGAACGCUCCAGAUGGCACUGGUUCGUCUUGGAGCGAGCCCAUGUGCUCUGCGCGAUCUGGGAUGGGAUCUCUCAGCCACCAGAUCUGAGUGUGGGGCAGAGCGCGAGGGCCCUCUCUUCAGCAUUGUUCAGCUUGUGGCAGCCUCCGUCGAUUCCUUGCGUCACUCGCCAUCAGUCAUCCCUCACUUUAUCAUGGCCGUGCUGUUGAUUGCGAUGGACCCCGCGACGUCAUCUCAGCUUUGUAGGGAGAUAACGGUCAUCAUAGAUCGUCUUUGUCACGCGCUGUCCCCAGAGCCUGACAUCAUUUGUGCUACACUGGAAAUUGAUCUGUGUAAUCAGCUGAUUAAGUUCACGUCAGAAAUUGAGCCUGUGAACCAGGCACGAGCGGUGUCUCUCGUAGCUGGUGGAUCCAGACGGACGAUGCGCGUCGCUCGUUGGCUCUCAUAUGCCAUUCUGACCAACACCGAGUCGCUUUCACCUCAAUCUUAUGGGAACCUACCUCCGCUCCAAGUCCUCUUGGAUCAAGCUAUACUUCCAGAUCGCUCUGCGGAUGGCUCGCAUGGAAUCUUCGAAUUGCACGAGGGCACAGAUUACGUUGACCUUGCUCUGCAUGUUCACAUCCUUGGAGUGGCUGUGUCAGAUGUUGAAGGCUAUGUCUGGGCCGACAGGCAAAGAACCCUUGAGCUUGCGUGUACGAGUCCCAGCAAGUCUUCGUCGGCAGUCGAGAGCGACCUGACGAUGGUUCGGGAAGGCAUCGAGAAGUUACAUUCCCGAAUCGUCGAUACACGAGCGGCUCAUCUUGAUCGCUCUCGUGCCAAAGCGGCACUGAAGCAACUUUCGAUGCGCAUACACUAUCAGCAGCAAGCAGCGAUGCGAUCCAAACUCAAGGGCAAGGCACAUAUACAACAGUACUUCAGGCCAUCGUAGCCCCGUUGACGCGGGUACUAUUUACUAUACCUCUUACUUCUAGUCUACAUUAUUCAUCUUCGAUCUUCAUCUUCGAACUGCAUUUUACACUAGCUAGCCUUACCAUGCAGUAACUACUUACUAUACUUCUCAUGGUCACUGUCCUGAUGGAUCAGUUCAAAUCCAAUUCAAUGUUCCACUGCUGAGAUCGACUGGACUGCUCUCGAAUCUCCUCCGCAGUCACAUCCUGUUCGAUAUCCCACUCGGGGCUCUCUUCUCGGCGUGCAGUCGUCUUAGCCUUGCCCGAGGUCGAAUGAGCACUCAGGUGCUCCAAAGUAUUCGUCGCAUUGUUUCGGAUCGGCUUCUCAAAGGCGCUCUUGAUAUUCCGUACCUUGACUUGCCCAAAGCCAGGAAGAUUCAUCAGCUGGUCUGAUGUCGCCCUGGAGAUAUUGGCGAAGCUCUGACAGUCGCAUUAUUCGUGCUGAGCGCAUUGUGACGGGACUGACUGACACCAAAAGCCGUGCGCAGAGAUUCGACAUCCGUUUUGUUGACCUUGCUGAUACUCGUCAAAGAGGCCCUCAAAAGGGAAUCAUAGUCUUUGUCGACGCGCUCCUUGAUCAGAUCGGGAGGCUUGUGCUCGAAUUGCUUGAGAGUAGAUAGGUAGUGGCCGGCCUCAUCGACGCUGGACAUGAAUUUCUGUCAAGUCUUGCGGUGAUCAAUAAGAACGUACGAGAAUGCCACGAGAAUGGUUAUUUCGUUGAUCAGACAAACCUGGCAUACGAAAGUGAAGGGAGGAACGACGUUCGAGGUAAUAAACGCAGUACUUUGGUCAAUUCUCGAAUCGGAUCUCGAUGUUCUGUCUGUUCUUUUGGAGAAAUCAUCGUGUGAAAUGCUGUCGCAACUCACUACAUCACACAUUACAAGAAGGAUUCUCAGCGUAUACAUAUGACGCCCAAGUUUUUCGAUCCGCGUGUGGAUAUAUUCGGGAUGUAGGCGGUGGUACUUCAAACUAGCGCCGGGUUCAAAGGGAUAAGCACAAGAAACUUGAUGAUCACCUCAAGAAUAGGACUCCGGUUGUGCGUCCAACUUGGUAGUCGCAUGGAAUCUCGCCAAAUUCCUUCGAAACGUUUUUGAUGGCUUCAAGAACAGGAUUGCCUCUCUGGACUGGGCUGACAACGAUGGAAUUGCCACUGGCAGCAGGAAUGACGACGGGUGGUGGAGGCAUCGCAGCUUUCGAGGGCGGGUUACUGUACACAGCCACAUGACAGCGUCCACUGUCAGAUGAACACGAGUCGUCACGGAUUCACGUGAUAGUCACAUGCCCGCUUGAAGUCACACCCAACUUGCAUUUGUGUGUCUGUGAUCGAUCACUCUCCUUGCUUUCUGACCACAGUCAUCUACGACCGAGCUCGGAUACGCCCCAACCCUCAUCAUAGACUGCUACGCAACAUAGGGACUACCAAGUUCACGGCCGGCCCAGUGUGUUUGAGAUGUCAGACGGGCGGUCGGACAACAAGUUGUUCAGCCCUGUGAAGUACUAUCUGCCGGAGACCUUCUCUCAGGAGCGCAGGCUUCAGCUCAGGCAAGCAUUGGACACUAAUGGUGGACGAAACACGAGCAUCAAUAGCUGCACGCAUAUCAUCACGAACUCGGCACGCUUUCAGGGUUGGCAGAAUGUGACGAAGACCGUGAAGGUCGUCAGCGUUCUUCCAGGUGACCUAGUGGCCAUGGAGGCGGGAAUCAAAGCUCUCGGAGGCCAGUGGCGUCAUGGGCUCACGAGAGACGUAACCCAUCUCUUCGCGACAUCUCCGGACUCGGAUAAAUAUGCUGCCGCAGUCAAGCACCGGGAAUCUACACUUUUGAAGAUUCUUCUGCCGCAUUGGUUCGACGAUGUUGUGCGUUUUGGAUGCAGAAACCUGUUGACCGGCCCUUACGAAUGGCCGAAUCCGAAAGCUCUCGAGAAGCAGCCAUCUGAAGAAGCCAUGAAAGCCGAACGUGGUCUGUGGAGAUCGUCGUCUGAGAAGCGAAAUUACUUCAAGACAGUAGAAUGGAAGACCGGCGACGAUCCUAUGCUUCCAAUCCCAGAUGACAGGCAGCACGAAGACAUCUGGAGUGGUCGCCAAGUCCUCCUCAGCCAUGAUCUCGAACUCUCGGAUCAACAGCGGAUUGUGGUCGAGGACGCUAUCAAGAACACCCGUGGUGUGAUCAUGGCUUGCUCGUCGACGGGCUCUGAGCGGGACGAGGAAGAACACAAACUCGUGUCAAAAUGCGAUGUGUUCGUAUCACAAUGGAGAUCAGGCAGUGCUUUUUUCCGGGCCGUUGAAGACGGAAAGAUCGUCGGGACCCUAAACUGGAUCUUUUUUGUCAUCUCGACUGGCACUUUGACCAGCCCCAUGGAUAGGUUCCUCCAUUUUCCAACGCGGAAAACGCCGCUGGCGGAAGACUUCUCAAAGCAGGUCAUCACGAUCACCAACUUCACCGGCGAGACACGUGAUUACUUGAAGCGGCUCAUUCUCUCUAUGGGUGCCAAGUUUACCCCAAACAUGGGCCCGAUCAACACGUUGAUAGUUGCCGCCCAUCUGGGUGGGCAGAAGGCUGCCAGAGCACUGUCGUGGUCUCUGCCGCUUGUGAAUCAACUGUGGCUCGAAGACUGCUUUGCCCAAUGGAAGUACAUCAGCCCGUCCAUACACAAGUAUAUCGACUUCCCGCCCAACGUCGACUUUGCUCGGAUGUUGGGAGAACGGGGCACGCUGGAUAGCAUGGAGGAUCUCGAGAAGGAGGAAGAGGAUGACAUCUUGGCAAGGAGCAAGCCCGCGAGCGUUAGAUCUGCUAGCGAGCGGAAGCCCCUUGGAACGGAGAGCAGUAUCAAAGAGGUCCAAGCGUUGCUGAGCGCACAGUCCAGGAAACUGAGCGACCCUCGGGUUGUUUCAGCUUCGGUCAGUCCUUCGAAAGCCAAGCCUGACAAUGAGAGCCUGAAGCGGAAGGCAUCGACAUUCGAUAAGGUAGCUAACAAAGUACGAGAGGAAGAGGAUGAACCUGCGCCUCCCCCCAAGAAACGGGUCAAGGCGGACAAAGUGACUUUCGACGAUGUCGCUGCAAAAAAACCCAUUGGAUCUAAACGCAAAAAUGUGGUAACGCCUGUCGAAAAGCCCACCAAAGCAUCGUCUAGCACACUUAACGACGUCCCGGCACCCAAGGUCGACAGUGUGACUCACACGUCUCCGAAAGCCGGUCACGGGGACCAAAAGUUGAACAAGAGUGGUCAGCCGCUCGAGUUAGCCCCAAUUCUGGCAGCACCUGGUCCUCGCACUUCAUCUAACACAACGAGAAGGACGAAACAAGCGCAGCCCGACGAAGGGGAAUCGGAAGUGGAGAGCAAGGGGGAUACUGAUGUAGAGAUGCUACCGCCUUCGACCUCGAAGGGUAAGGGCAAAGCAGCGAACACGAGCAAAUCGAAAAAGCUUGACAAAGGUAAAGACAAAGACAAAGACAUCGGGACGCCAGCAGUCAAAGAAAAGGGAAAGAGCAGUAGCGUGUCAUCGAAAAAGUCGAAGAAAUCAGAAGAAACAAAUGAGGACGUCGAGAUGCCUCCUCCGAAAGCCAGAAACAAAGUCAUCAAGCCCAAGGAGCCGAAACAAAUGAGGAGCAAGUUUCAGGUCGUAUGGGGCUGUCUGCCCGAGUAUCUUAUAAGUGUUCAAUCUUCAAGCGCUAGAAAAUCGGUGACGACUGUCAGAAUCGCGACGACCCAAGUCAUCUUAUCUGAUGCUGUUAACAAGGCGAGUUCCACUACUAAUGUUCCGGCCAAGCCUGACCAUUGGGAGCAGAAUCUAGAAAAGUUGGGCGUCAAACUGACCCAGAAAACCUCGGAAUGCACCCACCUUAUCGCAAAGGGUUUUGUGCGAACCGAGAAACUCAUGUGUGCGCUAGCAGCAGGAGCCUACAUCGUGUCAGAAAAGUGGGCAACGGAUUCAAUAGCCGCCGAUAAACUUCUGCCUGAAGAGAAAUACCUGAUCAAAGACAAGGACGGCGAGGCUAAAUGGGGCGUUAAACUCAUAGACGCCAUGGACCGCGCGAAAGAACUCGAUGGAAAGCUCUUUGAAAAUCAUAUUUUCUAUGUCACACCGAAAACUGCGGUUGACACCAAGCUUCUCAAGACAAUUGUUACAGCUCAAGGCGGAAAGUUGAACGUCCAAAAUCCGACUAUACGCAUUCUGAAAGGAUCCGAAAACAAGUUUGUCAUAUCUUGUCCGGAGGAUAUCUCGAUCUGGCGCUCAUUGGCGUCUGAUUAUCCCAUUUACUCACACGAGCUUUUGCUCAACUCUACAUUGGCCCAGCGGAUCGAUUGGGACAAUCCAGCUUAUCGCAUUGCUGGCCCGGCAUAAUUAUCAUUAUAGUUACUUAUUUUAUGACGGUUUGGGCAAGAGCAGAUACUGUAUCCCUAGCGCUUCACUGUAGCACUUGCUGCAAGUAAUUGUGGUUGUUUCACAUAAUAUGAUUAUGUCAGCAAUCUAACUUGUCUAGUACUUACACCGCGUCGAGGUCUGUCGACCGACUGCUUAUGGAUGGCUCGGACGACUACUUUGGCCAAGACGAAUUCGAACUUGACCAACAGACUCUCGAUGUGUUGAAUUCUGAGGAACGGAAGUUUGCGUUGUCGCAGAUUCCUCCCAGACGCGCACCCGUACCUGCACCUGCACCACCGCCAUCCAAGCGGCAGAGAACGGACAACGGAUGGAAGGCGACUGCGUCUCAUGUGGAUGAGAAUGACAUACCCGACAUUGUCGUUGGUCGGGACGGGGCGUACAUGGUGCGCGGCCCACCGCGGCCGCCACCGGCUCAGAGUACCUUGAGAUCGACCGCGGUCACUCCAGCGGCCCAGACUCACGCGUCAAUCGCCUCUGCAAGCGGGAACGCUGCGAGAAACAUGCGUUUCAAUGCCUCGACACGGCCAAGCGAUGCGCCGACCGCGUUUCAGCGCGCGCCCUCUGCACAACCUGAACCUCCCAGCGUACUCCCACCUCCGUCGCGAAGACCUGCCGACGGCGCCGAAAAAACGCAGCUGGCUGAACUCGACAACUUGCGAGAACAGCUUGUCGAGUUACAAAAAGAGAAAGAGAAGUACCAAGUCGAGCUCAAGGAGGCCGUCAGAGAGAGGAUGGCGAAGCAGGGGGAGGUCUCCGUGUUGAGGAGAGGUAUUGAGAAGACAGCUCAAGACCAUGCGUCCCAUGUUGCUAGGCUGAAGGACUCAAAGGAGGCGGCUGAAAGUAAGCUAGCAGCCGCACAGAGAGAGGCAAAGGCCGAGGUGGAGCGGAUGAAAACGCAGUUUAUCUUCAAGCAACACGAGAUGGAAAGCACUUCUCGAAAGCCGCCGAUGUCUACACGCGCGAGGCGGAUAAUGCGGGACAUUCCGUCUACUCCACUGCCCACGCACAGCGUCCAGCGGACAAGGACACAGGAAGAUUUGCUGGAGCAGUCUCCUGUACCUGUUCGUUUCGCGCCCCGGAAAUUGCCUGACAAGUCGAAGAAGCCGCUCAAGUUGAUGGGGUUCCAGAACUCAUUCGUGGACGGCACACCUGUGAAGGCAGCAAUCCGGCUGACAAAGAUGGGGGAACCGAUAAUCGAGAAGGAACUUCCCAGGCCGAUGUCGCCUUCUAGUCCCAUCCCGUUUCCACGAGAGUUGCAGGAUUCGAUGGCCGCUGAGCCAUUCGAUGAGCCCAUGAACGGACUGGGUCCCGACCUGGAGUCGACGGUCGAAGAGAUUCGUUCGAUAUCGGCCUUCAACUGGAAGAGCGAGUUAACAAGAAUUCUCUUGACUCACUGUUGCGCCAAUCACGCGUCACCUAGCUUGAAACUCCUCGCAGGACUGCAACCUUCGAAUGAAUAUUCGGAGACAGUCAACUCUCUGUUUGAAGUGGCUGCUAGUACAUCUCACUAUACAGACUACGAAGGGUCUCUUCCAUUGCUCUGUCAAAGUCUAAUCUCCAUGAUCAAGAUCCUGAGCACAUCUAGUCUGCUGGAUCCCCUUGCGAUCUUGCUCGAUCUCUCAUCUUACCUGUGUUGCUCACUGCCCAAUAUUGCUUCUUCUCUGCUCUCUUGCCAAGAGGAUGUGCUCGAUAUCCUGUGCUCACUAAUCAAUGCCCAUCUCAAGCCGGCGCAGUGCAUACCAUCAUUGGCGCAACAGACCAUCGGCUUACUUGAGGCUUUGUGCUGGAAUCUCACCGACGAACAAGCCGAAAGAUUCACUACAUUUUGUCGCCGGCGAGAUAUACUUCUCCUAUUGCUUGACUCCCUGCAGCCGAAGGAGUCUCUAAUAUGUUUCACACGGCUGCUGGGCACAUUGGCCACUUUUCCUAGACUAUCACGUGAUCUCAUGUUCUCGGCAGACAACGACCAAUCCUCUUUGGCACAUAUCGAUCUGUUCUGCUCGCAUCUGAUCCACAAACAAUCUCAAGAUAUUCAUGGCAACAUUCUCCAAAUGCUCAGUGCCUUGUCCAUCGCUCACUCUGACAUACCGGCCUCUUUGGUUUCAAGAACUUGCUGUGUUCCAUCAAUAGUUCUUUUUCUUUCAAACACAACUUCGAUCCUUUGGGAAGGCGACGAGGACGUCAUCUCCGACGAAGACUUAAUCUCGAGAUCGAUCCAAAUCCUCUCUCACGCAAUCAUCCUGUUUCACCAUCUGAUGUUUGACGUGGAGCCUGGGUUCAACCUUCGGGAUUUGCUGCACCACCCGCCGUCUCGUUCAUUCACCGGAAUCUCCCACAUGUUCAUCGUCACAUUCGGUCGACUGUGCAGUGACGCUCCCGACUGGCUCAAUUCGGCAGAUCAGGAGACGAUGGCGGUCCUCUCAGUCAUGGCGCAGGACCUUCUCGAUCUUGUCGUGGAAGGACCGGAGGUCGAUGCGAUCGUCGCUGCAUACCAGAGGGAUGCUGAUCAGGGCAGUAUGACUCAAGUAGACGAUAUGGAGGCAGAGCUUCUGGGGACCUAAUCUGUGAUUAUUCAGUCUAGAUGGCCAAUCGACACGCACCUGUCGACAAAAGCCUUUCACCCAUUGCAUUUUCUUCUUGACAGCUCUCGAAGGUCUUGGGGCAUCCGGUCCCGAGAGACGCCGUAGAGUCACUUCGCAGGUCUCGGCGCGGUGCUUUGCGCUCAGUCGCUGUACGAAGCGAUCGACCGUCCGGUUGUCAUCCCUGAUUUUCGACUCGACGAUACUGCCUGACGUCACGUUC